UCAAAUUUUGUAACCCAGAUGGCAACUGAGGGAUUAGGCCUCGAAAUCACCGAGCUCCGUCUAGGACCGAUUCCGGCGAGCAAAAACAAUGAGAAGAAAAGGGUUUUCUCGGAGGUGGAAGUGGAAGACAAGAGUGACGGCGGAGGGCGGAAGCAGGUGGUGGGGUGGCCGCCGGUGUGCUCGUACCGGCGGAGGAACAGCUUUAGGGAGAAGGAAGAAUGCGAAGGAAUAAUGGGGGGGAGGAAAAAGAUGUACGUGAAAGUGAGGGUUGAAGGAGAGGCCUUUGUGAGGAAAGUUGAUUUGGGAAUGGUGAAGGGAUAUGGGGAACUUGUUGAUGCAAUGGAGAAGCUUUUUGGGACCCCAAUUGGGUGUUCUCAAUGUACUAUCACUUACGAAGAUAGAGAUGGAGAUUGGAUGCUGGUCGGUGAUGUGCCUUGGAAGAUGUUCAUUGAAUCAUGCAAGAGAUUGAGGAUAAUCAAGAAAUCUAGUUCAUAAGCCAAUACAGAGCUUCUUCAACAUAUAGAAUAACUAAGUAUCAAGGGAUCAGGAGCUCAUCUUCACCAACAUUUCUUUACAUCCAAUGUUCCCUUUGUUGUUUUUCUUGUUUUUGAAUAUGAUUUUAUUUUGGUAGAAAUAUUUCAGAUAUUUAUGUUGCUAUAAUAUAUUAGUAAAGUUGAUGAAUAUUGUAAUGAAAUAGGAUUGGGAAGUUUUUCUUUUUCAAGUCA